AUGUUGAAAACGAGGACCACUGAAGUCAGAGAGAUGUUCUGUAAGCUAUCUAUGGAAGAUGUUCCCUUACCUAGGGAGCUAACGAUUGAAAUUCUUGAGAAACUUCCUGCAAAAUCUUUGGCGAGGUUCAUGGUUACUGAAAAGUUCUGGCACAAUACAAUCACGAGCAAACGUUUUGAGGAAGAUUACAUAUCCCUUUCGGAGCAGAGGCCGAAGAUACUCUUCGUAGCCACGUCCAAGAAUGAGUCCGCGUCCAUGACUCACCGCAAGUUUCGCUCCAUAUUGGAGAAGCCAGUGGUUUGCAAUCCCUUUACCGCCGUAAAGCAGACCCUACACGCAACCUUCAACUCUGAGCUUCCAUACGUGUUUACUCCACCCGUUCGUGACCUGUUGUGUUUCUUCCACAACAAGAAGUCGCUGGUGUGCAACCCAUGCAUGGGAAGGUUCAUUCCUUUGCCAGACGUCCGACGUGAAUCCUACUUCCAUCUAGGGCUUGCCAACGGCGAGUUCAAGGUCCUAUCCUUGGUGAAGGGUGUCUAUAACACAGUUGCAAGUGUUAUCACCCUCACGCAGCCACAAGAUGGAAACAACAAGUGGCGAGCUAUUGACAGUGGGUUCAAUCAUAAGUCUUUCACCCACCGUGGAUUCUGUUUUAGAGGUGUUAUAAACUAUGCUGCAACUAUCGACAUCGGUGAACAUAUGGAUCGCCCAGGCAUAAUGUGCUUUGACGUUGAGAGGGAAACUUUCAAGUUUAUCGAUGUUCCUAGGGAAAUCGCGUUUUACACUUUUUUCGGUUUUGUUAGACUUGUGAAUUUUCACGACACAUUGGCAGUCGCUGUAGCGGAAUUUAAUGGUAAGUAUGAUCCUCUUACUAUCUGGCAUCUUGAGGAUGACAAAUGGUGCAAACAUAUAUUCCAGCUUCCCAAGACCCCUACUGUAGUCUUUGAGCCAGAUCUACUCAAAUUCAUCGGUACAAGUGGUGCUACAAGCGAGCUCGUUUUUGCGCCAACAAAGUUCCUUGGACUUGAUGACAUCGAGCAUUAUGUCGUGUACUACGACUAUGUUCGUGGCACUCUUGACAAGGUUCGCAUAGAAGGUGAUUUUCAUGGCUUUCAGGGAGACAUAGAACCGUUUCUCGGCUAUAUAGAAAGCACGGCUCUCGCUCGAGAGGGAGUACCAUGUUGA